AUUAAUCCCAUAACCCUGUCACUAGUAUUAGCAACAAUAUUCUCAGGCACUCUAAUUGUCAUAACAAGCUCACACUGAUUUAUAAUUUGAGUAGGGUUUGAAAUAAACAUACUAGCCAUUAUCCCUCUGUUAACAAAAGAACAUAAUCCACGAUCCACAGAAGCAGCAACAAAAUAUUUUCUUACUCAAGCCACAGCAUCCAUACUUCUUAUAAUAGCUGCAAUCACUAACCUAUUAUUCACUGGCCAUUGAUCUAUUAUAAAACUAAUUAACCCAACAGCAUCAAUUAUAAUAACAAUAGCUCUUACAAUAAAACUAGGUUUAUCCCCAUUUCACUUUUGAGUGCCGGAAGUUACCCAAGGAGUUCCAUUAAUAUCAGGACUAAUCUUAUUAACAUGACAAAAACUAGCACCCUUAUCAGUCCUAUAUAUAAUUACACCCCUUAUUAAUAUAAAUCUUCUCCUAAUUAUAUCACUAAUGUCAAUCGCAAUUGGUGGUUGAGGCGGAUUAAACCAAACCCAACUACGCAAAAUCAUAGCAUAUUCAUCUAUUGCGCACAUAGGAUGAAUACUAGCUAUUCUAACUUAUAAUCCAACCAUAACAUUACUAAACCUCUAUCUAUAUAUUCCAAUAACAAUCACCACCUUUAUACUACUAAUAUUAAACUCAGCAACCACAACAACUUCCCUAUCCCACAUAUGGAACAAACUGCCACUAAUCACCACACUAGUCCUAACUACCAUGCUAUCUUUAGGAGGACUACCCCCCUUAACCGGAUUCUUACCAAAAUGAGCAAUCAUUCAAGAAAUAACAAAAAAUAAUAGUGUUAUUAUACCUACACUCAUAACUCUCUUAGCCCUAUUAAAUCUAUAUUUCUACACACGAAUUACGUACACUACAUCACUAACUAUAUUUCCAACAUCAAACAACAUAAAAAUAAAAUGACAAUUCAAAACUCCAAAACAAAUAAUAUACUUACCACUAAUAAUCACAAUCUCUACUCUAACCCUACCAUUAGCACCAAUUAUAAUAAUCCUGGAAU